AUAUUUGAGUGAGAAAUCAUUGAAACCAAGAAAAAAGUAAUAAAAUAAGUAAUUAUAAAAUAGAUUGAUAUUUGGGAUAUUUUGGAAGAUAUGAGCAAUAUUUAAUGGAUGAAGAUGAAUUAAAUGCAAGUAUAGCAUUUCUUACAGAUUGUUCUCUGAAUAUGUGUGAAGCCCGUUAUACACCAAAUUAUAUUAUGGAUAGAAUACAAUUUAGGAUAUAUUGGUAUUUGUAAAAUAGAUUUUAGAAUAUAAGUUCUGGAUGGAUAUAGAUUGUGCUUUAACUGUAGCAUUUAAUCCUAUUUAUGAUAAUUUAUUUUAAGUAACAGAAAAGGAAAUCAGAAACUGAUAGGAGAUUUUGGAGCAGCUAUUUAAUAAAAUUAUGGAUAGUGAUGAAGUUGAAAUAGGUGGAAAAGUUUAUAAUGAAGGAUCAUUAAAAAAUAUAAGUGAUCAUUUGA